GUUGCUUAAUCACAUCGCGGGGAGGCAACACCAUGUCGAUGAUCGAUAGCAGCGACGAUCGAUUCAAAGCCUUGGACAGUUUCGUGGCGCCGCGUCCGUGCGCGUGUGGAGACGACGACGACGACGUUGGGCCUCCCGAUCUCGCGCCCGCCGCAUCUCUCGCGCUGAUCUCUUCUUCUUCCCGAUUUCCCGGAGCUAGGAUCACUGGAAAUCAUCCUGGGUCGCCUCUGAUCGCCGGAGGAGCAGCAGCAUUGCUGCAAGGAUUCAUCGUCUCGGAUGAUUCCGAGCCAAUGCCCGAGAUCAUUUAUGUCAAGGCGAAGGACCCGAAGGUUUGAAGCGAUCGAAAGAACCAAAUCAAUUUUUGCUACUCUCGAUCUUGCCAUGGAAUAUGCUCAUCUAUAUGCUAUACAGACAUCGAAACGGUGUACCGUAAGAUUAUAUGAUACUCCAGUUGUGAUCCUAUCGUUUCUGAGUCUGACAGGUGAGCCUAUGGCUAUAGCCUAUGGUUUCUUGUAUGUCAAGUGUUGCAGUACUGCAAUUCACGAGCCACAUUUUUACAACCAUCAAAGAAACGAGUUGCUAAGAAUUCGCUGUAUGUUCUUUUAUUCGUGCCAAGCAAACAAAAACGCUGGAGAUCUCUCCAGUGUUUUCAGUUUCUUAUUCGAGUAGAGACUCGGUAAGAAAUGGCUUGGAGAGUCUUCUAAAUUCGCACCUUGUCGCAUGAGAUUUAGAUUUUGAUAUCAGCGUCAAUUGAAAGGCCGACUUAGAUUAGAAAACAAGUGCUACUUCCCAACCGGCAAAGCACGUAGACACACAAUUUAAAAUGAUAAUUGUGCCAAUAAUGAAACAUUGUUAUUAAGCGCU